CUGUUGCGAAUUCAAGGGGGAAUAAUAUUAGUAUUCUUCUUGGAUAUGGAAAUGGAAAUUUUUCAAAACUAGUAAAUUAUUCUACUGGUCUUUAUUCAGCUCCUAAAUUCAUUGCUGUUGGGUAUUUCAAUGAUGAUAAACAAGUUGACAUUGUUGUAGCUAAUUCUAACACAAGCAAUAUUUUAAUUUUUCUUGGAAAUGGAAAUGGAAAUUUUACAAUUUUGCAAAGUUAUUCAACGGAACAAAGCUCUGAACCAUCUGCUAUCGCUAUAGUGGACUUGAAUAAAGACAAUCAAAUGGAUAUCGUCGUUACUAAUCGUGGUACCAAUAAUGUACUUGUUUUUUACGGAUUAGGCAAUGGAAGCUUUUUAAGUCCAAAGUCAUAUUCUCUUGAUUAUGGAUCUCGCCCAGCAUCCGUUGCUAUUGCAGAUUUUAACAAUGAUACUUUGCUGGAUAUCGUUGUUGCCAAUUAUGGUUCUGGUUAUGUAGAAGUACUCUUGCAGACUUGUUAA